CGAAAAGAGGCAACAAAUGGCAUCAUACUUCCAUCAUUUGCCAUGACUUAGUCCUGGGGCCGGUCCAGGAUGCGCUAAAAAAAGCUUAUUCUUACAAACAGCCACCACAGCAGCAUACCUAGGUAUGUUGUUGACCGUCGUCGUCGUUGAACAUCGCGGCGAAUUAUCGAGAACCGGCUCUUGGGUCGGCUAUUUGUAUGUACCAUCUACUGUACGUCCCAUAAUGCCACUAUGGAAUCUAAACUAUAUAAAGUGGAAAGCUCAUCAUGGGAGGACCAGCAACUGGAACCAGCUUGCACAAUAUUUUUACAUUCUAUAUAGUCCUCAGUUUUCCCUCCACGGGGAGUUCCAUCUUUUAAUUCGCCUUAAUUCUCACCAUGGCGAAACUUUCGAGGUUUUUUGGUCUGGAAAAAUAUAAUCCUUCAGCGGCUCUAGAAAGGCGCCUCUCUCAGGUUGACCAGGAGAAAUUGGGGGAAGAAUUUGUCAAUACCCCGAUCCCUUGGAUAACAUGGCGCUCCUUCAUCAUGGGCGUAUUUGUUUCGAUGGGAGGGUUCGUCUUUGGAUAUGACACUGGUCAGAUCUCAGGAGUACUGGAGAUGGACGAUUUCUUAAGGCGAUUUGGCGAGCGCAAUGCCUCUGGCGACGGUUAUCAUUUCAGCAAUGUUCGUGCUGGCUUAAUUGUUGGCUUGCUCUCUAUUGGAACGCUAAUGGGCGCACUGGGUGCUGCGCCAAUUGCCGAUAGGGUUGGGCGGAAGUGGUCAAUGUCCGGCUGGUGUCUGAUACUGAGUGUCGGCAUUAUCGUUCAAUUGACUUCAGAAUCUCCUAAAUGGUAUCAGGUGGUUAUUGGUCGCUGGAUCGCGGGUCUUGGUGUCGGCGCGCUUUCGUUGCUGGUUCCUCUAUAUCAGGGGGAGAGUGCACCACGACAUAUUCGCGGUGCUAUGAUCAGUUGCUAUCAACUUUUUAUCACUCUGGGCAUUUUUGUUGCCAACUGCAUCAAUUUCGGUACCGAGAGCCGUAAUGAUAGCGGCUCCUGGCGGAUUACGAUCGGGAUAACGUUCAUCUGGAUAUUGAUCCUCGGUAUUGGGAUAUCAUUUUUCCCAGACUCUCCCCGUUAUGAUUAUCGAACAGGUAAAGUCGACCGAGCGAAAAAGUCAAUGAUGCGGUUCUAUGGCAUCCCGCACAAUCACCAACAACUCCACCUAGAACUGGAAGAAAUCCGUGAGAAAUAUGAGGAAGAAAUGGCAGCAAAGGACCAACCGUGGUAUGAGAUGUUCUAUGCCCCCCGAAUGAGGUAUAGAAUUCUGCUCGGAGUCGCCUUACAAGCCCUACAACAGCUCACCGGGGCCAAUUACUUUUUCUACUAUGGGACAACGGUGUUUAAAGGUGCUGGUAUUGAAAACAGUUACGUUACGCAAAUGAUCCUUGGGGCUGUUAACUUCGGAAGCACCUUCCUUGGCUUGUAUAACAUUGAGCAUUUUGGUCGUCGGAAGUCCUUGAUAGCCGGCGCACUCUGGAUGUUCGUCUGCUUUAUGGUUUUCGCUUCCAUCGGCCAUUUCAAACUAGACCGAGAAUCACCUGAACUCACGCCUGGUCCUGGGAAAGUGAUGGUGGUAUUCGCUUGUUUGUUCAUUCUAGGUUUUGCCAGUACCUGGGGACCGAUGGUCUGGGCUAUUAUCGCGGAGCUGUAUCCAUCUCGCUAUCGUGCCAGAGCCAUGGCUCUCGCAACGGCAUCAAACUGGCUUUGGAACUUCCUCAUCGCUUUCUUUACUCCCUUUAUCACGAGUGCCAUCGACUUCAGAUACGGCUACGUCUUCGCUGGCUGCCUCUUUCUUGGCGCGAUGACCGUGUAUUUUGGGGUCAUUGAAGGUAAAGGUCGAACACUCGAAGAGCUUGAUACUAUGUAUAUCUUGCGUGUUCCACCCUGGAAAAGCUCAAAUUAUACCCUCCCACCACUCGAGGAACUGCCACAGCGGGAUGCUGCUAGACUUGCAUCGAGCGGAAAUCAAAAUUGUUCGUAUCAUGAGGAAUCUAGCCAAGGUGCUAUGUCUGAAGCAAACGAUGGUAAUGCGGCCCCCACUACAACGCCGGCGCAACCAUCUCAAUAGUUAGAUGAUUAUCAAGAUGCUAGAAAUAUUACAAGCCCACCAACACACACUUUUGAGAGUUAAAACAAGCCAGUAGUUGCAACUCGGGGAAAGAGUAUUGACUCCGGGACCCUUUUCGCUACCUGAGGCGUCAACCUUCUAGACGACUAGUAACAGGAUCAAGGGCCCUUGAACCCCUACCCCAAUGAGGAAGACACGCGGGCAACGACCGUCUUCAAACGGGAGAAACAUGUAUAUUGCGCUUCUGUUUAUACCUUUACAUGUAUAUAUUUACUGUACUGUACCUCUGUAUUAUAUUUUCCUUUUAUAUACUUAUGCUCAGUGUUCCAAGUUUUAUUAGGUUUGAGAAAUACACUUCUUUCUCUGAAUUGCCCGAUAAAACAAGUGACCAUGAAACUGAUUUUGUAAUAUGAAACAAAAAAAAUAAAAAAAAAAAUCAGAACUAAGUGAGAAAGA